CGUCGAGAUUUCCCCAACUCGAUGCGGUGGAGUUGAGGCCAACUCCAGGGAUCCGAACCCCACAUGACACUGACUCGUCACUCGCAGGUCGCAGCCCUCUCUCGUCUCAACCUGGGUCGGCGCCGCCACACCGGCGAGGAACACCGGCCAACAUUGCUGCCGCGACGCCACACCGAGGAAAAGAUCCAGCCGCCGGCCGGAAGCUGCUCCGUCCGCCAUCCGCCACCGAGCAGGUACCUCCGCCGUCCGGCGGUGCAGUUCUUCUUCUCCUGCAGGAGCUUGGAAUAUAUAACUGCUUUGCAUACCAAGCUCCGCGCUACUGGUGGAAACAAAACAAAAACUCCUGGCCCUGGUGCUCAAUCUUCUCUUAGAGCACUUGCUCAAUCAUGUAUGAAGAUUGGCCAUACUGACUAA